AGGGGCGCCAUGUAGACGGCAGGGGAUGCGGCCUGGGCUGCCCGGCACGAGGGUCCCACCACCUCGGAUGGCCGGGCCACGUGAUUCCUGCCUCUCAUGUCAAGGGAAAGAGCCACACGUUAAAACACACCAGCAUGUUAAAAAGUGAAGCAUCUGUGGAAGAAAGCAAAGUGGGGGAGGAUGAGGUCAGGAGGGGCCUCACCAAGGUGUCAUCUGAAUAAAAUUUAGGAAGAGGGAGGAUACGGAACUAUAGAUAUUUGGGAGGCAUUUCCCUGGCAGUGGGAGCAGCAGGUACAAGGGUCCUGGGGCAAGCAGCUUGGCACAGUUGAGGAACCUAAAGCUGAGCCCGGAGUGGAGAGAGCAGCCCGUUUGUGCAGGGCCUUGAUGUGGGGAGGGCUCUAAAGAAACAGGUGUUGGGUGGGCAGGGGCAAGGUGGGGGAGGUGGCUGGCCUGGAGAGAUUGCUGGGACUUCAGUCUGGGUGUGGGUGGGUGUGUGUGUGAUGGGGGAGGUGUUUGGCCUCAGCCGGGGUCGCUGACCUUGCCCGGGUUGGCCCCCGUCAGCCGGUGAUGAGGUACUUCAAGAGGGGCUGCGCGGCCCACGAGGGGUGUGGGCCUGGAGUGGGCAGUGAGCACCCCUGGCCUCCCCUGCCCCCCCCAACCUGGGUGCUGUCCUCCCGCGGGCGGGGCUGCUGGCCUUGGAGCUGUUUGCUGCAGCCGUGGUUUGGUCAGUGACCAGGCGCUGGCGCUGAGUUUGCAGAGCUGCUGGCCGUCCCCGCGCAGCUGACCCCGGGAGGGAGCCAUGGACCUGCUGCGGGAGCUGAAGGCCAUGCCGGUCACGCUGCACCUGCUGCAGUCCACACGUGUCGGCAUGUCUGUCAACGCCCUGCGGAAGCAGAGCUCCGACGAGGAGGUCAUCGCCCUGGCCAAGUCGCUCAUCAAGUCCUGGAAGAAGCUCCUGGAUGCUUCAGAUGCCAAAGCCAGGGAGCAGAGGAGGGCUGGGCCUCUGCCCACAUCGUCCUCCAAGGAGGCCCCCGAGGCCAAGGAUCCCAGCCGCAAGAGGCCAGAGCUGCCCAGGGUGCCGUCGGCCCCAAGGAUCACCACGUUUCCCCCGGUGCCCGUCACCUGUGACGCCGUGCGCAACAAGUGCCGCGAGAUGCUGACCGCCGCCCUGCAGACAGACCAUGAUCAUAUGGCCGUUGGUGCGGACUGCGAGGGCCUGUCGGCCCAGAUUGAGGAAUGCAUCUUCCGGGACGUGGGGAACACGGACAUGAAGUACAAAAACCGUGUGCGGAGCCGCAUCUCCAACCUCAAGGACGCUAAGAACCCUGACCUGCGGCGGAACGUGCUGUGUGGGGUCAUAACCCCCCAGCAGAUCGCUGUGAUGACAUCGGAGGAGAUGGCCAGCGAUGAGCUGAAGGAGAUCCGGAAGGCGAUGACCAAGGAAGCCAUCCGAGAGCACCAGAUGGCCCGCACGGGGGGCACCCAGACAGACCUGUUCACCUGCGGGAGGUGCAGGAGGAAGAACUGUACCUACACGCAGGUGCAGACCCGAAGCUCUGACGAGCCCAUGACCACCUUCGUUGUCUGCAACGAGUGUGGAAAUCGCUGGAAGUUCUGCUGAGCCCUCCUCGAGAUGUGUGCGAAGCUUCGGGCUGUGGCCAGCACAUUGCCGCGGCCUUCCCUGCGUCCUGUCGACAGACACAGCUUCUCGAGACCCGCCCUGAGCCCACCCGAGCACCCCACGGGGCUGUGCCCCCGGCACCCCCGCCUGGCGUAUACCUUUUUUCUUUUCCCCAAAUUAUUAAAUGUUUCUUUUUGC